UAUUGCAUUUCUGCUUCUGCUUCUUCUUCUUCAUCACUUUCUUUUCGUCAAAACUUUCUUUUUCAUCCUCUCAAACAAAAACCAAUUCAUUUUCAUGGCAUCUUCAACCUUCCUCGUCCUCUAUGUGGUCCAUCGCCAUUGCCAAAUCAAUCAAUUAAACAAAAUUUGAAAACCAAUUUUGAAGAGACAUAGGAAGAAAAGAUUAAUGGCGGAUCCCGAUUCCCAUGAACUUGUUCAAAGCUGUAAAACCCACCCAAAUUAGGAAAACCCUGUCCUCAUUUUGCCCAGACAUAUAUAUUUACACAUAUCGAUCGAAUCAAAUCAAAUCAAAUCAAAUUAGGGUUUCAAAUAGGCAAUCUUGACUCCAUGGCUUUCGAGAAUUUUCCGUAAUCCACAGUAUUAGAUUUUCUGUUACUCCAAUUUAUGUAUCGUGGAUUUUUGGGGGGUUUCAGAUUCUCAGCAUCCAAGAAAAUGAAAUGAAGAUUAGUUGCAGGGAAGACGACGACGACGACGAUCCAUGGCUCAACAGCAACACAUCCUCUCCGGCGGCGGCGGCGGACGGUCGAAAUCCGGCAAGCCGAAGAAAGUGCCGCAGAGGGGAUUAGGAGUGGCGCAGCUUGAGAAGAUCCGAUUGGAAGAACAGCGGAAGAAGGAGGCUCUGGAAUCUUCAGCCAUAGCCAUUAAUCCUUGUUUGGAUGUUCACUUCCCUCUUCAGAUCGGCAGCAACUGCAACUGGAACUGCAAGCAUUUCGUCAAUGGCGACAAUGGAGGAGACAACAAGGGGCCAAUUUUGCCCCAAUUUCAUCUUCUUCCUCAAAAAUCUCACCAAUUACUCCAUUCUUUCACACAGAUUUCUUCUCCUUUGCCGCCCAAAUUGAGUUCUCAGAAAGAGCCCCCUUCAAACCAAAGCAGCAACAUCUACACGCACCCAGAUGAUAAUCGACAGAUUAUUGGCAUGAAGAGGCCUUGCCCUUUUCCUCUGCAGCAGCAUCACGUCCACCGCCGUGGUAAAUUCUCCGACGAGUCGUCGUCGUGCAGCACAAACGAUAGAGAAGCAGGAAUUGAGAUUAACUACCCGAGAGAUCGUCCAUGGAACUCAAGCAGCUUCCUGUCAAUCGAUUCUUUGCCGGGGAAGCUGAAUGCAGACUUUUUGAGUUUGGCUCCUCCAUCGGCAUCACCAUGUGAUGAGGAAUUGAAGCAUCGUAAUUUGGAUGAGUCGUCGGGAGGGUCUAUUGAGCUGUUUGCGGUGAAGUGCGAGGUGGGGGGAAAGGAAGACGCCAUUGAUCUCAAUCUCAAGCUGUAGAAGAAUUGAAGCUUUAUUAUUGCAUUUGAUACUACUGUUCUGUUGUUAUGCAUUUCACUGUAUUGGUUGUCUUCUUCAUCGUUUUGUAGCUGAUCUGAUCUGAAUUAAUUGGGAAUACUCCAUUACAUACUUUGGCUGUCUGUCCUCAUUAUGUAUUUGGCUCAUCCUAAACUUUGUUUUACAAAUUCAUGUUUAUUAUCAGGGGAUGGUUAGCAUGCUCAUUUUAAAUGAUGCUGAUUGUCCAGCUCAGCACAUAUUA